AAUGGCAAUGAAAUAAAUAGAGGGCAGAGCUUAUUUGACCGUACAAGUGGAACAUUGAAGAAAUUUACUCUCUUCAAUGUCACUGUCUCUGCCGCAUCGCGCCUUCAUCUUCGUAUUCCCAAAACAAAACACAAUCAUCUUCCUCUUUCAACC